CCCUCAACCUUGUCUCGCUAGGGGUGUGCUCCUGGCUUCGGCCACGCGGAAAGGAAGGGAGUCAGUCCAGUGCUGCUCAAUGGCGGUGCCUCUCUAUCUUCUCGCGCCCGGUAUGAACGUCUCCAGACUCUGUUUGGGAAGCAUGACGUUCGGGGAGCAGAAUUCGCUUGGCGAAUCAUAUCGCCUUCUCGAUGCAGCGUUCCACGCAGGCAUCAAUUUCAUCGACUCGGCCGAGAUGUAUCCAGUGCCACAAUGUUCUGUAACACAAGGGAGAAGUGAGGAAUAUAUUGGUCGUUGGGUCAGAGCUCGGAAAAUUCCUCGUGAUAAAGUUGUCUUAGCAACCAAAGUCACUGGGCCAUCAGGACAGAUGGUAUGGAUUCGUGGUGGACCUAUGUGUUUGGACGCCAAAAACAUAAGUGAAGCCAUAGAUGCGAGUUUAUUGCGCAUGCAUACAGAUUACAUAGAUCUCUAUCAGAUACACUGGCCUGAUCGUUAUGUGCCUAUGUUUGGGGAAUCAGAGUAUGAUUCAAAUAGACAGUAUCCAUCAAUAUCCAUCACAGAACAGCUUGGUGCUCUUGCAGAUGCUGUAGAAGCUGGAAAGAUCCGAUAUGUUGGAUUGAGCAAUGAGACACCAUAUGGUGUAAUGAAGUUUUUUCAUAUUUCUGAAAGUGACAGCCGAUAUCCAAAAAUAAUUUCCAUUCAGAAUUGUUACAACUUACUUUGUCGGAACUUUGAUUCUGGUCUGGCUGAAUGUUGUCACCAUGAGGGGCUUAGUUUACUGGCGUACAGUCCAAUGGCAAUGGGGUUGCUUUCAGGGAAGUAUUUAUAUCCUGGUGGAGGCCCACCAGAUGCUCGGAUGAAUCUGUUUAGAGGCAAAUAUGCUGAAGGUGAAACUAGAUACAGCCUAUCAAAACAAAAUGUUGAAGCUGCCAUUGAGGCUUACAAACUUCUUGCUGAUGCUUAUGGUAUCCGUCCUGCAUGUCUUGCAAUUGCGUUUGUCUUAAAGCAUCCUCUUGUUGGUAGUGCCAUUUUUGGAGCAACGAAGCAGUGGCAAUUGCAGGAGGUCAUCAAAUCAUGUCAGGUUAAUCUUUCUGUGGAAAUAAUGUCUGACAUUGAUAAAAUUCAUUCUAUGUACCCCAAUCCUUGUCCUUGACUAUGGAUAUUAAAUAGAAAUUCAUAUCCGAAAAUAUAGUAAAGUAUGGGCUAUUCCGUUUCA